AUGAGAUGUUAUGUUUUUAUUGAGGCGUCGGCCUGUGGUGACGAUGUCGACGAGCGUGAUGGUGGUGAGACCUCGGACUCGUUGCUUGGCAUCGACUUGAUUUGUUUUGACCUUGGAGCCUUGGCAGAUCCAAUCGAGAAGGAGGGACGGGAGAUCAAGCAACCACCCGUGACGCGACAAAAGGUGUAA